CUGGUCCCCGGCUUCGGGACUUCCCGGAUGGCCCACGCGCGGGCGUCCGGACUCCCGCCUGACUAGCUCUCACCCCACUCAAAUGAGCCAGGCCCGGCCCGACCCGACCCGGAGCUGGACCUCCCAGCCCGAGCCGCCUGGGCCCGCCUGACACCGGCCAUGCAUGGUAAACUCUUGCUCCUGGCCGGCCUGUACCUUGUACAGGGACUACCCUAUGGGCUGCAGUCCGGUUUGUUGCCCAUCCUGCUGCGGGCCCGCGGCUUCUCCCUGACGCGUGUGGGCCUGGCCAAAGGGCUGUAUGCGCCAUGGCUGUUGAAGCUGGCGUGGGCACCGCUGGUGGACAGGCGGGGCUCCCCACAGGUUUGGCUGACACUCAGCACAACGGCCCUGGGCCUGGUGUGUGGACUGCUGGCCGCAUUACCUCCCCCACAAGCUGACCAGGCAGGGCUGCCCACCACACUGAUGGGGCUGCUACUACUGCUGAACCUGGGUGCAGCAGUGCAGGACGUGGCCCUGGACACGCUGGCGGUGAAGCUUCUGGAGCCGAGAGAGCUGGGACCUGGCAACACUGUCCAGGUGGUGGCUUAUAAGCUAGGGGCAGCGCUGGCUGGGGGUGGGCUGUUGGUCCUUUUCCCCACUCUCUCUUGGCCACUGCUCUUUCUGCUAUUAGCGGCCACCUACUGGCUGGCUGCUGCCUUGGCAUGGGCAGCCCUGGGACAGCUGCCCUGGCCUCAGGCCUCAGAGCACACCCCACACACAUCACACCUGCAAGGUUUGCUGGAGGUGCCUGGGACCCUCUGGACGGCAGGCUUUCUGCUCAUCUACAAGCUGGGUGAGCAGGGGGCCAGCAGUCUGUUUCCACUCCUCCUGCUGGACCAUGGUACUUCUGUUCCAGACCUGGGACUGUGGAGUGGCUUGGGUGCUGUGGCCUGUUCCAUUGCUGGUUCCUCCUUGGGUGGGACCCUACUGGUUAGGCACUGGCAGCAGCUCUCCCUGUUGAGGUUCGUACUGCAGCUCCGCCUUGGGGGCUUGGCCUGCCAGACUGUCCUGCUUUUUCAUCUGCACACUUCAGGGGCUAGCCUGGAUGCGGACACAGUCCUGAGAGGGGCAGCUUUGCUGAGUCUGUGCCUGCAGCAUUUCCUGGGGGGCCUGGUAACCACUGCCACUUUCACUGUCAUGAUGCACUGUAGCCAGCUGGCACCCAAAGCCCUGCAGGCCACACAUUAUAGCCUCUUGGCCACUCUGGAACUGUUGGGCAAGCUGCUACCGGGCACCCUGGCUGGAGUAAUGGCAGAUAGUCUGGGCCCACAUCCUUGUUUUGCUAUCUUCCUCAUACUCUCAGCCCUGCCUCUGCUGGACCUGGGCCUGGCACCCAGUCUCCUCGCCUGAGGUGGGAGACUGUCAAAGCCAGGAGGGCUAUGGCCUGCAUGCCUGGAGCACAGGAGGUGCAAGGAUCCUCAGGCUGAGAGUGGUCACCAAAAGAGGGUCUUAAAACACUGACUUCAAGCAUUUUUAUUCUGCAUUUCAGAAAAUAAACCUGUGGUUGAUGGCUUUA